GUUAAAGCUACAUACACAGGAAAACCAAAACAAAAAGCUUCAGGAGGCGGCGUCGUUUUGCAUUGUUUUUACCCCAAAUGAAUCGAAACCCUAAAAAUUGAUUGAAGUAGAACCAAAAACCCAGUGUUGAAAUUCUUCGCGUAAGAUUGAGAAUGGUUCUAUCAAACAAAAAGCUUAAACAGAAGCUUAGAGCUGAAUUAACCCUAAACCAGAUUAACGCUGAAUCUAAUCCACCUUCUUCUUCAUCUUCAAACUCUCUUAAACUUCUUCUUAACUCUUCCACCAACAAACCCAUUUUAACUAAGCGAGAGAAACUCCGAAAGCUUCGUCCUUUGCAACAAACUCAAUCCAAUGAAGAUGAAGGAACCAAAAACGAGGAAAUUGGUAAUGAGGGUUUGGGAAAGAAGAAGAACAAAAAGAGGAAAAUGAAGGUAGAAGAGAAAGAAGAUGAAUCAAUUGAAAAAAAGGAGAAGCAAAAGAAGAAGAAGAAGAAGAAGAAUGAAGAUGGUGUGGCUAAUGGGGCUGUGAAGAAGGAGGAUGAUGGUGUGGCUGAUGGGGUUGUGAAAAAGAAUGAUGAAGAUCUGGCUAAUGGGGUUGUUGUUAAGAAUGCAAAAAAAUCAAUGAAGAAGGAGAAGCAAAAGAAGAAGAAUCAAUUGAAGAAGAAGAGAAAGAAGAACAAAACUGCAGAGGAAAAUGGUAAGGCCAAAAUUGCAGAGGAGAAUGAUUCUAAUCAUCAAGAAGAAAUGCCACAAUCUGUAGAAUUGGCUAACACUACUACCACUACAAGUCAAGAAAAUGGUGAUGUUGCUACAAAAGUUUAUGUUGGAGGAAUUCCCUACUAUUCAAGUGAGGAUGACAUUCACAGUUAUUUUGAAGGCUGUGGCACCAUCACUGAAAUUAAUUGCAUGACUUUUCCUGACACUGGCAAGUUUAGAGGGAUUGCCAUAAUUAGUUUUAAGACUGAAGCAGCGGCCAAACGAGCAUUGGCUCUUGAUGGAGCUGACAUGGGAGGACUCUUUCUUAAAAUUCAACCAUGUAAAGCAACUCAAGCAACCCGAUUUACUCCAGAAAUGAAGGAGGGAUAUAAUAGAAUAUAUGUUGGAAGUCUGUCAUGGGAAAUAACAGAGGAAGAACUAAGGAAAUUCUUCUCAAAUUGCAAUGUGAAGGCCAUACGACUUGGUAUGGACAAGGAAACGGGAGAAUUUCGAGGGUAUGCUCACGUUGAUUUCGGUGAUAGUCAGUCACUGAAGACAGCACUUGCAUUGGACCAAAGUGUCUUGUUUGGAAGGCCUGUCAGGAUAAGUUGUGCGGUUCCUUUGAACAAAAAACCAGUUGCAGGUGAAAAAUCAGUUGCAGUUGAAAAACCAGGUGCAGGUGAAAAAUCAAUCGCAGUUGAAAAAUCAGUUAUAGCUGAAAAAUCAGUUGCCGGUGAAAAAUCAGGUGCCGGUGAAAAAUCAUUUGCAGUUGAGCAACCAGGUGCAGGAGGAAAACCAAGUUCUGUUGAGCAACCAAGUUCUGUUGCAAGUGGCAAGAGGAAGAAUAGGAUGUGCUACGGGUGUCGUCAAAAAGGACAUAAUCUCUCGGAAUGCCCAAACCCACAAAUAGCUGCUUCUACUGCACUUUGAAGCAUGCAGGAAAACUCAAUGUCAUUGUUGAUUUGAUAUCGUUUGGUCAUGAGGACGGCUUGAUUGUAGUUUAAUUUUGAAAAGAAAAACAAAACAAAAUAGGACAGUAUAUGUAGUGGACACGUUCCAUAUUGUUGUCAUUUUUAGCCCUUUCAGUCUUUGAUAUAAGCAAGAAAAAAUGUAGGGGGACAGAUAAAUUCUCUAGUUUGAAGUUUAUUAAUUUAUUCACAAAUGGUUAGCCAAUUUUUAUGUGAAUUAAUAGUAAAAACCUACCAAGCUUUGAUUUUGUUGUACCUUAGCUUGGUGGUAUUCCUAAAGGCUUGUUUGUGGAUUAUUUCCAUCUUUUCCGUUCGUAGCUGGACUUUUUCUUU